AUGACACGCAAAAUUCAGCGGCAUUUGAUCACAAUCGUCUCGUCUUCAGGCGAUUUUCCCUAUGCAAUCGUUAUUGGAGCUUGUAUGGGUCUUGUAGCCGUUAUUUUCAUUGUUCUGGGGCUGUAUUUCUACUGCAAAGAGCGAAAACGGAACAAGGAACUUGAACGGGAACCGUACGUGACGUUGGCACCCAAUUCAUUCUCCAAUCCAUUAUCUCCACGUAUUGCAACAAUUACCAGUCACACAUCGGCUCAUAAUUCAUCGAACGUGCAGCUUCCGUCGGUUCAUAGCAGCUUCUACGUCAUGACAUCGCCUGGGAAUUCCAGUGCACUGGUUUCUGUAGAAGUUACACCAACUGGACAUUAUAUCUCUUCCAGUAGAUUGGAACAGCAGUCGACGCCGGUUAUGGCUUUGAAGGAUCAAAAACUUGACGGACAGAGCUAUUUACGGAGCUACGAAGAUACAGUAGAUCUUAAUUCGUUCGAUGCGUCGGCGCGCAGUCGAGUUAAUUCAUUUGAAGACCAUGAAAGUUAUAGAAGAGCUAUGGGAUACAAUGACAGUGCGAGAAGCAGUGCACAGACUACCAAUAGCAAUAGCAAUCACAAUGACUCAAGUACAAGACAUAGAGGUCUGUGGGAAGAUCCUGCUAUUGUUGCGGCACGCAUUCCCAUGAGUAGAAUUACGAUUGGUGAUGUGAUUAGUCGAGGAGGAUUCGGAGAGGUACUACGGGGUUUAUACAAGAAUCGAGAUGUAGCGAUCAAACGACUGCUACCAGAGACGAGAAAAGAUUUGUCCAAGAUUGAAGAAUUUCUAGUUGAAGUAAAGCUGCAGGCGGCAUUAGAGCACGAGCGUGUGGUGCGUUUUGUCGGUGUGGCUUGGGAUUCACUUACGGAUCUUUGUGUUGUGUCCGAGUUUAUGGACGGUGGAGAUCUGCGUGCUCUGCUGGUCAAAUUUGACGAAGUGGACCAUCGGUCUCUGGGUUUUGAUGCCGUAAAAGCUCGCAUUGUGCUGGACAUGGCACACGCACUCACUUAUUUGCACUGUUUAGACCCUACAGUGUUACAUCGUGAUCUCAAGUCAAGGAAUAUCCUGCUAGAUAAGACAUUGCGCGCUAAGCUCACUGAUUUCGGAGUAUCUCGAGAGCGUAGUGACCGCACGAUGACUGCAGGAGUGGGCACGUCGCUGUGGAUGGCUCCUGAGGUAAUGAUGGGAGAGCGGUACGACGAAAAGGCUGAUAUCUUCUCCUUUGGCGUCGUGCUUAGUGAACUGGACUCGCACAAGCUCCCGUACGCAUGUGCCAAGGUUACCGACACUGGACGCGUUAUUCCAGAUACGGCCAUUCUUCAGCUUAUUUCCAGUGGCAGACUUAGUGUAGGAUUUACAGCGCCAACUUCGCCAGCAUUAGAAGCUAUGGUGCAUCUCGGUACAGCGUGUGUAGCUUUCGAACCGGAAGAACGACCCACUGCCUCUCAAGCAUUGUACCAGAUGCAGCUCGUAAUGCAAGCUUUUGCGCAGGAAGAAGCGGAAACGUCAUACGCCUUCUAA